UCGCCGGAGGAGGAGUAGAAAUUGAGAGCGCACUCCGAGGAGGAUAGCCAGAGGCAGAGGCUACUUGCGCGCCGUCCUCAAGUACAAAUCCACCACCCCCACCCCGGCCAGUCCACCAACCCACAUCCUCCCGUACGUACCCUCCCCACUCAAGCGCGCGCGGCUAACUUUAUUCCUGGCGGCGGCAUCCGUCUGGUACCGCACCGCGCAGUCCUAGUGCGUGCCCGAGAGGAACGGGACAGUGAUCCGGAGCCGCUCAUCGACUAACUGCUUGUCGGGCCCUAUCGCCAUGGGAGAUCGCCUCCGCGCGCCGCCGAGCUAGCGAGGAGUUGAUCCGAGGUUCGUGGCUCCCGUCGCUCCGCCCCGUCCCCGUCGCCGGCCGGUUCGUUGGUUGGUGCGUAUGCGGCGGAGGGUCUGAGGAUUGCCGAGCGAGCUGGUUGUGGCCAUGGAGCAUCCGAUGCAAAGGAGCGACGAGGGCGGUCCGCGCGGCAUCAUGCGUGCCGACAUGGACGAGCUGGAUCUCAUGGAGGAGUUCCUGCUCGCGUCGCCCGUGCACGACUUCCCCGAGUUCCUGCACCCCGGCGGCGCGUCGCCGAGCCCCUUCUCCCCGCUGUUCGACCUCGGCAGCACCAUCACCGCCGCCACUCCCCCCGCCCCGGCCGCCGGCGACGACGACGACGGGGGUGAGUCCCGCCGCGCGUGGCUGAUCCAGCCGCAGGAGGCGCCGGCCUCGGUGAAGGAACGGCUGCAGCGCGCGCUGCAGGGCAUCGCGUCGCGGUCGCGCGGCGCGGCGGGCGAGCUGCUGGUCCAGGUCUGGGUGCCCACGCGCAUCGGCGACCGCCAGGUGCUCACCACCUGCGGCCAGCCCUUCUGGCUCGACCGCCGCAGCGACCGCCUGGAGAGCUACCGCACCGUGUCCGUCAAGUACCAGUUCUCCGCCGACGAGACCUCCUGCGCCGAGCUGGGGCUCCCCGGCCGCGUCUUCGUCGGCCGCGUCCCCGAGUGGACGCCCGACGUGCGCCUCUUCACGGACAACGAGUACCCGCGCGUCCGCUACGCGCAGCACUUCGACAUCCGCGGCAGCGUCGCCAUGCCGGUCUUCGAGCGCCGCACCGGCGCGUGCCUCGGCGUCGUCGAGCUCGUCAUGACCACCCAGAAGAUCAACUACAACGCCGAGAUCGACAACAUCUGCAACGCUCUCAAGGAGGUUGAUCUUAGAGGUUCUGAUGUCUCGAGCGAUCCUCGCGCACAGGUGGUCGAUACUUCGUACCGACCAAUUGUACCAGAGAUCGCGCAUGUUCUCAAAGCUGUUUGUGAGACCCAUAAGUUGCCACUGGCCCAGACAUGGAUACCCUGCGUCUGCCAGGCCAAAAGGGCGAGCCGCCACUCCGACGAAAAAUACAAGUACUGUGUCUCCACCGUGGACGAGGCGUGUUAUGUCCGCGAUGCCGCCAUGACUGGCUUUCACCAGGCUUGCUCUGAGCAUCAUCUGUUCAGGGGCGAGGGUGUUGUCGGCACGGCGCUCGGGACAAAUGAGCCGUGUUUCUGCCCGGACAUAACUGCCUACAGCAAGGUCCAAUACCCUCUCUCACAUUAUGCAAAACUUUUCGGCUUAAGGGCCGCGGUGGCAAUUCGGCUGCGAAGUGUCAAGACUGGGAGUAUGGAUCUUAUCUUGGAGUUUUUCUUGCCAAACAACUGCAUAAAUAGUGAAGAGCAAGGGAACAUGCUCAAUUCUCUGUCCAAUACCAUACAACAAGCCUCCUGUACACUGCGAGUUGUCGGCGUGAAAGAACUGGCGAAUGAUGGAUCGCCUGAAACUAGCUCGCCAACCCCACCAGAAGUUUGUGACAAGCCUGCUGAAAUCUUGGAUGAGCUCCAUACUAGUGGCAUUAAUGUUCCUGCAAGGACAACAUCAGUGGAUGCUUCUGAGGAGGUAUCUUCAUGGAUUGCAAGCCUUGUGGAUGUUCAGAAUAAUGGGGUACAGGGAGAAACAGAUUGUGGCCUGCCAUUUGGCUUCAGGAAACAAGAGGAUGAAGGGUUUAGUGUAACAGCUGGCUGGCCAACUUCACCGGUGCUAGUACCUGAAGAUAAAAGUUUCUUUCCAGGGUUUAAGAAGCAUGAAGAAUAUGAGGCCAAGGGUUCACCUUUUUCCAGUGAUCGAAGCCUCUCAAACUCAGACAAAGCAAUAGAGAAGCGGCGAACCAAAAUCGAGAAAACUGUGAGCCUGCAAGAACUUCGGAAGCAUUUUGCUGGUAGUUUGAAAGAAGCUGCAAAGAAUUUAGGAGUGUGCCCUACUACAUUGAAGAGAAUAUGCAGACAUCAUGGAAUUGAUCGUUGGCCAUCAAGGAAGAUCAAGAAAGUUGGGCACUCCCUAAAGAAAUUGCAAAUGGUCAUUGAUUCGGUACAUGGAGCUGAAGGAACAGUUCGGCUGAGUUCACUCUAUGAGAAUUUCACCAAGACUACAUGGUCAGAAAGAGAGUUGCAGGGAGAUCUGAGUUAUCCAGCAUCAGAGCAAAAGGUUCAGCUGGAGCCUUCAGUUCCUGAUCGACAGUGCGAGAGCAGAUUCAGUCCGCGUACCUCCGGCUCUAAUUCCCUCUCCCCCACCUACAGCCAGAGCUCAAAUUCUAGCCUUGGCUGCUCCAGCGAUCCAAAGCCUCAACAACAGCAAAGCAGCGCUCCUCAGCUUGCGGUGAAGCAGGAAUUUUUCAUGGAGGAGAAUCAGAGUUCGACACAGAUGAAAGCUGCGAGCCACGACGAACUGCAGUUAUUUACUGAAGAGAAACCUGUCACCCUUUGCAGGUCUCAGAGUCACAUGCUAUUCAGUGAACACAAACCAAUGGAAAACAUGUCAGGCAUGCAAGAAGCUAAGCCUGAUUCUCUCAAGAUAAAAGCCAUGUAUGGGGAGGAAAGAUGCAUAUUCCGGCUUCAGCCGAGUUGGGGCUUUGAGAAGCUAAAAGAAGAAAUCGCAAAGCGGUUCGGCAUUUCUUGGGAAGUUUAUGACCUCAAGUACUUGGAUGAUGAGUCGGAGUGGGUUCUUUUGACAUGUGAUGCAGACCUUCUGGAGUGUAUCGAUGUAUACAAGUCAUCAAGUGCUAAAACAGUUAGGAUCUCGGUGAAUCCUGCAGUUCAACCGGUACUCCGUGGUUCUUUCGGUUAAUCCUGACACUGCUUCUUCAACAUUGAAAACAACCACCCCUUCUUCCAAGUUUUCAGUUAUGGUACAGACCACCUUUGUAAAUAUUUGGAGUCUGUGGACUGUGGUCCAUCCAGUAGUCAUAUGCUUGGUGAAUUAUCUGUCAGCCUGGUCUGUGAUAACUGAAUAUGACACUUUGUACUUGUAGACUAGGUCAUAUUCAGCCAUAGGGAAACUCGUUUACCGCAGUUACCAAACUAGUGUACAGAAUAGGAAAGAAUAGGAAUUUGUCGAAAAUGAAGCUUCGCAUUAGGUCUAGAACUCAUGUUCAGGUUACCUGGCAAAUGUAAGUUCUUUCUGGGCUUGUUUGAUCCGUCUUGCAAUUCUGAAGCACCUUCAAGGUUUCAACAUUGAAAGCUUUCUUGAAGGCAUCCAUGCGCUGUGUGAUUGAACAAUUAUGUUUCAUGCCUUCACGCGUCAGUGUGAGCGGUACGAAGAUGAAUCCUUUACGGUGCUGAAAUGCCUUCUCUCUUGUAUGAGUAUGAUAUGAGCACUCGGAUUGUUUAGCUGACAGUAAGAAUGCACUCAUCGAUCAAACUCAUCUCUCAUGUCGAAAAUGCAAUCCUGCUUGUUCCAGAUCAGUGAAGGCUUUUUCACAGCGUUGGUCAUGUGUAAGGCAGGGAGCCGUCUAGACUCCUAGACAGCCUCUGGCCAACGAUGGUGCAUACAUAAUAGGAUGAUAUGAGAUGUUUUAUUUUCCUCCUUUUUUUUUGUUUGAGAACAAUGGAAUGCUAGAGUUUUUUGGUGGUAAUCUUUUUGUAUAAUUAUACUCUCAGGAUUACACCUGUAUACCUUGCUUCAGAAAUCCAUAACCUGUAUGCAACAGUCUGCGAUUGCUUA